AAACGGCAGUUUUCUUUGCUCCUUAACAAGUUCGCUAACUCGUUGGACAAUUUCCCCUUUUACGUGUUAACUUGACUUCCCCUUACGUUUACAUUACAUUUCACUGCGCCAUUGAAAGGUACAAAAUGUUAUGUUUAUGUUUGGAUCACUUUCAUGCCUUUCGACUGCAUGAGUGAAGAAGUAGCGUUUAAUUUUGACAGAUGAUGAAUACUGCGCUUUAGAAGCAAGACACCAGGCAGGUAUUUUUAGAUUCAAUUAGCCCACAUCUCGACUUGGGAUAGAAAAGUGUUGCGUGGCAAGGGUAUGGAGCACCCUGUGCACAGAGGGGACGCAAUGCCAAUUAGUCUGCAUGACAGCCACCAACACUCCUUUGUGGUGUGGACAAACCACUCUCUCCUCGCUGGCUAUCCGCCUUACCACCUGACAGGAUCCCUUGUGGAGGACGACGACACGCACAUGAAAGUGGCUCUGGGCUACGGUGAUAUGGGCAUCUGUGCUCACCUUCAGGCAUCAAAGACUGGAAACACACGUUUUUUCACAAGCAACACACACAGCUCAGUGGUUCUUCAGGGAUUUGACCAGUUGAGGAUAGAGGGACUGUUAUGUGAUGUCACUCUAGUGGCCGGUGAUGGCGAUGAAGCAUUCCCCGUACAUCGAGCAAUGAUGGCUUCAUCCUCCGACUAUUUCAAAGCUAUGUUCACAGGUGGAAUGAAAGAACAGGAUUUAAUGUGCAUCAAGCUCCACGGAGUUAACCGAAUAGGCCUGAAGAAGAUCAUUGACUUCAUCUACACAGCCAAGUUGUCGCUUAACAUGGAGAAUCUGCAAGACACACUUGAGGCUGCCAGCUUCCUACAAAUCCUUCCAGUAUUGGAUUUCUGCAAGGUCUUUCUCAUAUCUGGGGUUUCCCUAGACAACUGUGUCGAGGUGGGCCGCAUCGCCAACACAUAUAACCUCACAGAAGUGGACAAAUAUGUCAACAAUUUCAUAUUGAAAAACUUCCCCUCUCUUUUGGGCACUGGCGAGUUUGUCAAGCUGCCAUUUGAGCGCUUGGCGUUUGUGCUGUCCAGCAACAGCUUGAAACAUUGCACUGAACUGGACCUCUUCAAAGCCGCUUGCCGCUGGCUACGUUACGAAGAUAGUCGCAUGGACUGCGCCUCGAAGCUCAUGAAGAACAUCCGCUUUCCCCUGAUGAACCCCCAGGAGCUCAUCAAUCAUGUACAGACAGUGGACUUCAUGCGCACAGACAACACAUGCGUCAACCUUCUCCUGGAAGCUAGUAACUACCAAAUGAUGCCCUAUAUGCAACCAGUCAUGCAGUCAGAACGGACAGCCAUCCGCUCGGACAGUGCCCACCUGGUCACACUGGGCGGCGUCCUGCGGCAGCAGCUCGUGGUGAGCAAGGAGCUACGCCUGUUUGACGAGAAGGCACAUGAAUGGAAAGCGCUGGCACCUAUGGACGCACCUCGCUAUCAACACGGCAUCGCAGUCAUUGGCAACUUUCUCUAUGUUGUGGGGGGCCAAAGCAACUACGACACCAAAGGCAAGACCGCAGUGGACACGGUCUUCCGCUACGACCCUCGCUACAACAAGUGGAUGCAGGUGGCAUGCCUUAAUGAGAAGCGUACCUUCUUCCACCUCAGUGCACUCAAGGGACACCUCUAUGCUGUUGGUGGAAGGAAUGCGGCUGGGGAGCUCGCUACUGUGGAGUGCUAUAACCCAAGGACGAAUGAAUGGACGUACGUUGCCAAAAUGAAUGAGCCACACUAUGGACAUGCUGGGACGGUGUAUGGCGGCUAUAUGUAUAUUUCAGGGGGAAUCACUCACGACACGUUUCAGAAGGAGCUGAUGUGCUUUGACCCAGAUGCAGACAAAUGGACUCAGAAGGCGCCCAUGACCACAGUGCGCGGCCUCCACUGCAUGUGCACGGUGGGCGACCGCCUUUACGUGAUUGGCGGGAACCACUUCCGGGGCACGAGCGACUACGACGACGUGCUCAGCUGCGAGUACUACUCCCCGGCCCUUGACUUAUGGACUCCUAUCGCCGCCAUGUUGCGAGGCCAGAGUGACGUGGGUGUGGCCGUGUUUGAGAAUAAGAUCUACGUGGUGGGCGGAUACUCAUGGAACAAUCGCUGCAUGGUAGAAAUAGUUCAAAAGUAUGACCCCGAGAAAGACGAGUGGCACAAAGUGUUUGAUUUACCCGAGUCGCUUGGCGGGAUUCGAGCCUGCACACUUACGGUGUUCCCCCCUGAAGAUAUCUCAGGCUCGCCAUCCAGAGAGUCGCCUCUUUCAGCACCUUGAUGAGUGAUGGGGGGGAGCCCUAUUUUGGUCACACCCCCGUAAUCCCAUAACCCCCCCCAACAAACACACGUAGACAUUGUUUGCACUUCCUCUUCAGACUAAGUCUGUACUGCGUCCCUUUGGUCUACACUUGUGGAGAAGGCCCUCAAGCUCUUGGAGUGAUGAAAAUGUCAUACCGUUACAGUAAUGGCAACCGAUUUCCACCUUGAUGUUGCACACUUGGUUUGUAUUGUGUUAGGAAGUACCUUGACCUGAAAAGGGACUUUGCAAAUCAACUUUUCUACCUGAUUUCGCCGCCCGUCGUACGUCUUUGAGGCGUCUUUCCGAGUAGAGGGUGACCUGGACAAGUUCAGGCCCCGGAUCGGGCCCGUCUAAAGCAGUUCUCCUUCGGUUUUACUUCUUUCCUGCGAUUGCUACAAAACUGUUAAAGUGGUGUUUUCUAAAUUUAAUAAACAUGGUUUUCA